UUAAUCGGUCUCCCUCGCCUCUACCACACACACACCCCUUUUUUAUUUGCAGUCCACCAUGUCCGACCUGCUCCCCAUGCCGUCCAUGUCUGGCGACGCCACCCCGACCACCGCUGCCCCGGCCACUCCGGCCACUUGGCGUUCGGGUGCCGCCCCGGCUGCCACCCCCGCCACCCGUGGGACUCCCAUGCAGACGCCCUUCACCUCCAGCGUGGCCCGCACUCCCCUGGCCGCCAAUGUCCCGCGGCCCUCGCUGGCGCAGUUCUACGCCGGCAAGUACGUCAUGAUCACCGGUGCCACUGGCUUCCUCGGCAAGACUGUCCUCGAGAUGCUGCUGCGCCAGUGCCCGGAUGUGGCCGGCGCCUAUCUGCUUGUCCGCCCCAAGAAGAAUGUCGAUCCCAAGACCCGUGUUGCUGAGACCGUCAAGAGCGAGCUCUUCAACGUCCUCCGUGAGUCGAACCCCACCUUCACCGACAAGGUCCACUGCGUUCAGGGCGACCUGGUCCUGCCGGGCCUCGGUCUGUCUGAGGAGGAUGCGGCCAUCCUGCGCGAGCGCAUCAAUGUCGUCAUCCAUUGCGCGGCCACCGUCAACUUCAAUGAGAAGCUCCGCCUGUCGCUGGAUCUGAACGUCCUCUCCGUCCAGCAGAUGCUUGCCUUUGCCCGCCAGUUCAAGCACCUCUCGGCCUUUGUCCACACCUCUACCGCCUACUCCCAGUGUGACCAGGAUCACAUUGAGGAGCGUUUCUAUGAGCCCCCUGUCUCGCCCAAUGCCCUGAUCAGCCUGGUCCGGUCCCUGCCGGCCACCGCCCCCGACACUCUGGAGGGCAACCUGGCCACCGCCCUCAAUGGCCGUCGGCCCAACACCUACACCUUCACCAAGGCCCUGGCCGAGGCGGUCAUUCGCACCGAGGGCGCCGACAUGCCGGUUGCCGUCAUGCGGCCGUCCAUCGUCGGUGCCAUCCACCGUGGCCCGAUCCCCGGCUGGCAGGACAAUGUCAAUGGCCCUGGCGGCAUGUACCUCACCGCUACCAUGGGUAUCCUGCGUGUGAUGCAGGGCCACAAUGAUGCCAUCUCCGACAUCAUCCCCGUGGACCACUGCGCUUCCAUGCUGCUGAGCAUUGGUUGGCUGAUUGGCACUGGCCCGGCCCGGCCUCCCACCGAGGACCCCCCGGUCUUCAACUGCACCUCCGGCGCCAAGAACCCCAUCACCUGGUCCCAGCAGAUUGACUACGCCAAGCGCGCCAACAGCGCCAACGUCCACCGCGCCAAGAUCGUCCCCAUCAUCCCCGGUGAGUUCACCUUCGUCGAGUCCAAGGCCGUCUACGAGUUCUGGCGCUUCCUCCUGCACACCAUCCCCGCCAAGGCCGCCGAUACUGUUCUCCGCCUGCAGGGCAAGAAGCCCGCCAUGGCCCGGCUCUACCGUCGCCUGGAUAGCAGCAUCGGUGCCUACACUCCCUUCACCACCCACGCGUGGACCUGGGACGCCGGCAAUGUCGCCGCCCUGGCGGCUGCCAUGUCCCCGGAGGAUCGCGAGAACUUCAACUUCGAUGCCGCCACCAUCGACUGGCCCACCUACAUCUUCAACUACUACCUCGGCACCGAGCGCUUCAUCCCUGCCUCCCUGCCUGGGAACCCCGCUCGCAACCGCGUGCUCAGCUGGCUGCUGGUGGCCUCUUUCUACACGGUGCAGUUCUUCGCCGCGGUCUUCCUCUUCUACUAUGUCUUUGGGGAGCGCAUUCAGAACCAGCUCUUCGGCGAGGAUAGCAUCCUUUCGCCGCUCGAGCAGCCGGCCAUCAUCGAGCUUGAGGACGACUUUGCCGGGGGCAUGGCCGCCGGUGGCUCUCCUAUUGCCGGUGACCUGUAAGGUAGCCACUU